CACUUCCGCUCCGAGAAGGCGAGGUCGGGGCCGAGAUUGUUGGCAGGGAGGUGAGUUAACCCCGCGCCCCUGCGGUCCCUCCGAGCCUUCUCGGCCUCGGCGUGAGGCCAGCAGCCGCCGGGUCCUCGCUCAUGGGGCAUAGGAGUCGCGGCGGAGGGCGGGGACGGAGGCAGCGGCGACGAAGCCUCCGCGUGGGGGCGGGCGCGCGUGGCGUGCGGAGUUUGAAGGUCUCCCGCGCUCUCCGCGCCCAGAGCUCUCCUCCCUCACCCCUAGAGCCAGCUGUGCGUGUGCCUCGAGGUGACACACUGGGCCAGUGAUUAGCAUUUCCCUGCCUCCGUUUCCCCCUGGCUGAAAAGGGUUAGUGCCUGCCCAGUAGUGUUCUUCUAAGAAUUAGAUGAGAUUAUAUACGAAACGCUUAAAACCAGUGCCUAGUGCCUAGUAAAAUGUUGGGUGGUGCCGGGAAUGCUGUCAUAAUAUCGGGCCCCCUGUUAUUUAGAAGCUCCUGAGAGGCUGGCAUUGGGGCGUGGGGUCGGAGCCCCGGCUGCCGCUCCACUGGCCCUUCACCGAUCUCUGCUGUGGGGCCAUUCCGGGAUUCCUGGACUCUUCCCAGAUCCUUGAUUAGGAUGGAGAGUUAUCUUCAGCUGGAUCCCGGGGAAAGUUCUUUGUGGCUGAUCCCAGAGAAACAGUCCUGCGCACGGCUUCGCAGGGUGCCUGUGGUGUACUGAGUCCUUAAGUGUUCAGAACGUGUAAUAGCUGCGUGUUGUUCAUUUAAGAUGCAGCAGGAUUUCUUAGUCUGCGGUUUCAAUCAGUCAUUGCCUUCAUGCAUAUGGGAGAGGAAACUUUGUUGAGCUUAAUAACAUGCUCAAGUAAUUACGCCUAUUAAAAUGGUGUCAUUGGGGGGAAAUCAUGGCAGUUUUUCAUUAGCAGCAGAACAAAUUAUCUGUGGGCAACCAGUCAGAAUUAGACUUUCCUGGGGGCUCCUGGGUGGCUCAGUCGGUUGAGCCUGCAACUUGGGCUCAGUCGUGAUCUCACCGUUGGUGAGUUCGAGCCCCGAGUCAGGCUCCGUGCUGGCAGCCCAGAGCCUGGAGCCUGCUUUGGAUUCUCUGUGUGUGCCUCUCUCGAAAAUAAAUUAAACAUUAAAAAUAAUAAUAAUAAUUACUUUCCUAGGGUAUCAGUGACUUGCCACCUGGAGCCUUCAUCUCUGAACUGUGGGUUUCUGAAAAGAUUUAUUUUCUAGAAAGCACAUUUGCAAGGGAAGUUUUGGGAAGCAUAAAAGCAUCUGCCUGUCUGACACCGUAGGGAAUAGGGAAUACCCGCAUUAUUAUUAUACCCAUUUACAGGUGACUGGAUUGAGGCACAGAUUUGCUCAAGGUUUACACUGGUGGUGAGUAGACAGUAGUAAGUAGAAAUGCAGAGCUUGAACUCAUGCACCUUGGCCCCGUUAAGUUAUACUGCCUGCCUGCUUCUCAUUUCGUCUGAGACCCAGGCUCAGGAAUACUCUGGAAGCUACCAGAAGCGCUUAGGUGAGGGACUGUUCCUGAGCUCAGUCAGCUGUCUGGGGGAGCCCAGAGGAAGCCGGAGUCCAGCCCCUGGUCUACAGGGGCACCUCUAUGGGGUUCCCACAAGUGCCGUGUGGACUGACGGCUCUCUCACGACGGCUUUCCCAUCCACAGCUUUGCCUUCCCGGAACUCUGCCCUUCCCCAAAAGGAAAAGGAGAAAAAAAUGACCAAAUUCCAGGAGGCGGUGACGUUCAAGGACGUGGCUGUGGUCUUCACGGAGGAGGAGCUGGGGCUGCUGGACCCCACCCAGAGGAAGCUGUACCGAGAAGUGAUGCUGGAGAACUUCCGGAACCUGGUCUCUGUGGGGCAUUCGUCCUCCAAACCAGAUGUGAUAUCCCAGUUGGAGAGAGAGGAAAAGCUUUGCAUGAAGGAGAUCCACACCCAAAGAGGUAGGCACUCGGGAGGCAGGAAUCAAAACGAGAAGGAGACUCUUCACGAAGCAGGAGUAAGGUGCCUUUCAUUGGGAGAGUUUUCAUGUUGGCAAAUCAAGAGACAUAUCGUGAGCAAAUUCACCAAAGAUCAAGACUCCAAGAUAAAUAUUCAAGGAAAGAGUUCUGAGUUCCCUGAACAGUGUGAUUCCCCCUGUCAAGUGGGAGCGGGAAUAUGUAUUCAGGCUUCCGUGGAAGACAGCUGUAUAAUGAACCUUAUAGAGGAUCAUUCCAGUAUUCUUGAAAAUCAAGAAUUUCUGGCUGGGAGAGUUCAGAAUUCUUGGAGUAAAAUAUAUCUCAGCGAAACACAGAAUUACCAGAGAAGUUGUAAGCAGACUCAGAUGAAAAACCAAUUAUGUAUAUUUGCUCCAUACGUUAACAUCUUUAGUUGUAUCUCACACCACCAUGAUGGCGAUAAACCUCACAACGAAGACUGCGGUAAAGAUAUCUUAAAGGUGUCCCCUCUGGGCCAGCAGACCUACCACUGUCGUCAGUGUGAGAAAGCAUUCAACGAUGGCCCCAGUCUCGAACUUCAUCAGCAGGUACACUCGAGAAAGAAGUCCUCCGAGUACGGCGUACACGAGAAGGACGCCCGCCAUAGCUCAGCUCUGCCCAUUCCACAAAGUGUUUACGCAGGAAAAAAACGCUAUUGGUGUCACGAGUGUGGGAAGGGUUUCAGCCAGAGCUCAAACCUGCAGACUCAUCAGAGAGUGCACACAGGGGAGAAGCCCUAUUCGUGCCUUGAGUGUGGGAAGAGCUUUAACCAGACCUCCCAUCUUUACGCCCAUUUGCCUAUUCACACAGGAGAGAAGCCCUACAGAUGUGAAAGUUGUGGGAAGGGCUUCAGUCGUAGCACAGAUCUUAACAUUCACUGCAGAGUCCACACUGGAGAGAAACCUUACAAAUGUGAGGUGUGCGGGAAGGGCUUCACCCAGAGAUCACAUCUUCAGGCCCACGAGAGAAUCCACACCGGAGAGAAACCAUAUAAGUGUGGAGACUGUGGUAAACGCUUCAGUUGUAGCUCAAAUCUCCAUACCCACCAGAGAGUCCACACGGAAGAGAAACCGUAUAAGUGUGAUGAGUGUGGAAAGUGCUUCAGCUUGAGCUUUAACCUUCACAGCCAUCAACGGGUCCACACGGGAGAGAAACCAUAUAAAUGCGAAGAGUGUGGGAAGGGUUUUAGUUCAGCCUCAAGUUUCCAGAGCCAUCAAAGGGUUCACACGGGGGAGAAACCAUUUCGCUGCAACGUGUGUGGUAAAGGCUUCAGUCAGAGUUCCUAUUUUCAAGCCCAUCAGAGAGUCCACACGGGAGAAAAACCAUACAAAUGUGAGGUGUGUGGGAAGCGCUUCAAUUGGAGCUUGAAUCUUCACAACCAUCAGAGGGUCCACACAGGAGAGAAACCUUAUAAAUGUGAAGAGUGUGGAAAGGGCUUCAGUCAGGCCUCCAAUCUUCAAGCUCAUCAGAGUGUCCACACUGGGGAGAAACCGUUCAAGUGCGAUGCGUGCCAGAAGCGAUUCAGUCAGGCCUCCCAUCUUCAAGCCCAUCAGAGAGUCCACACGGGAGAGAAGCCAUAUAAAUGCGAUACAUGUGGCAAGGCCUUCAGCCAGAGGUCAAAUCUUCAAGUCCAUCAGAUCAUUCACACUGGAGAGAAACCGUUUAAAUGUGAGGAGUGUGGGAAAGAAUUUAGUUGGAGUGCUGGGCUCAGUGCUCAUCAGAGGGUCCACACAGGAGAGAAACCUUAUACAUGUCAGCAGUGUGGUAAAGGCUUCAGUCAGGCCUCCCAUUUUCACACACAUCAGAGGGUCCACACUGGAGAAAGGCCAUACAUCUGUGAUGUCUGUUGUAAAGGCUUCAGCCAGAGAUCACAUCUUGUGUACCAUCAGAGAGUCCACACUGGAGGAAACCUGUAGAAAUGUGAGGUGUGUAGGGGUGGCCUUCGGUUAGCGUUCACAUCUUCAUCUCCAUUGGAAAAUCGACGCUAGUGAUUGUAGAAAGUUCCUUCAGAACUCAGAAGCCUCAAGGAAUCUUCACAUGCAAGCAGCUCUGUGAAGUGCUGUCUUUUAAGGACAGUUGGGUGAAUUCUUUGUGAAUCGGAUUUCACAGACGAGAGAAAACCUUUUCCAUAAAUACGGCCAGUGUUUGUGCCAGCAUCCUGAGUGUCCCAAUUUUUCGAGAUGCGACAUAAAAGAACUUCAAAAUUCACCCCAGUCUACCCAGGAAAAAGGCCUUAUAAAUGAAGAUUAGGGGCAGGACUUUAACAAAAGUAUAGUGAUGGACAAGUAAAAUUAAUGUCAGUGGCAGUGUAACCUCCAUGUAGGGAGGGAUGUUUUUCACUACUUUAUCUCUACUGUGUAGAAAAGUGCGCUUGGCUCAUAAGAGAUGCCCAGCAAUUACCGGACAAAGUGGAGAAAAUCUAUCAUUAGGACAGAUACAGUAAAACCUUGGUUUUAUGUGUGCCAUACGUGAGCAUAAUUCAUUUCCAGAAACAUGCUUAAUCCAAAGCAGUUGUAUACCUAAGCCAAUUUCGUCAUAAGAAAUAACUCGGAUUUGUUCCACAACCCAAAAAUAUUUGGAUAAAAAUGAUUACAAUACUGUAAUAUAAUACAAAAUCAUAAAAUAUAAGGAAAAA